AUGGUGUGGAAGACCCUGCAGCCUGAAAUACCUUCUGGGUCAAUCAGCACAACUGCUUGGAUCAAACUUCACAAUAUAACUGUCCCUUCACUAUUCUUUAUAGACUGCAGUGACACUGUAUCCCAAGUGAAAGCCAUGAAGAUUCUAAAGCGGUUUGGCAGCACGGCUGGACUUUGGACCAAAGACCCAGUGGGUAAUUCAGAAAAGAUUUAUGUGUUUGAUGGUACCAGCAAUGACACUGUUUACGUCUUUCCCAGAACGAGGGAGUUCACACUCUUCUCUGCUACCCGAAAAGCUGCACGCAUCAAGUUACCCUACCCAUGGGUUGGCACUGGACACUUGGUAUAUGGGGGGCAUUUGUAUUAUAUUAGACGACAUGGCACUUUCCAGGUCAUCAAGUUUAGCCUAGCCAACAAGACUAUUGUUGAUAGCUCUGUCUUCCCAGCUGAGGAGCAGAUCCCUGUUUUUGGUCUUUCAUCCUACAACUACAUUGAUCUGGUGGCAGAUGAGGAGGGGAUCUGGGCUAUUUAUGCUACCCAAGAAAAUGAGAGGAACAUAGCCUUGGCCAAACUAGACCCAGCAUCUCUAGACAUAGAGCAAAUGUGGGACACACCAUGCCCUCGGGAGAAUGCGGAAAGUGCGUUUGUCAUCUGUGGAGCUCUCUAUGUGGUGUACAACACUCGGCUGCCCAGCCGGUCCCGUAUCCAGUGUGUCUUUGAUGUCAGUGGUUCUAUGGCAUCUGAAGAUGCUGCCCUGGUUUACUUCCCAAAACGGUAUGGUUCUCAUUCCAGUAUGAAGUAUAAUCCCAAAGAAAGACAGAUCUAUGCCUGGGAUGAUGGCUAUCAGCUCAUCUACCGCAUGGAGAUGAAGAAGAAGACUGAAGUCUGAGAAAAGACAGGGGUACUAGUGGAAAUAUGUUCUGCUGCCUCAGUAGCUGCCCCCUGAUGACAAGUGCCAUAUAACAUGUACAGCAGUCACAACAAGCACUGAUUAGGAUGGCCUUGUUCAAAAAAGGAAGAGCUUCCUGAUAACAUUAAAUGCUUUUAAAUAUGACUGCCUGCAUAUGGUUUGCAUUUUUAAGAUAUUGCUUGCAUAUUUGGCAGCGUGUGUGUGUGUGUGUGUGGGGGGGGGAUGGGGACGGGGAUCGAGGACUACUAGUUAUUUGCUUUCCAGAUAGGUUAAAACUGAAAAAGCCUUUUAAAUUUUUUAAGAGGAAUGAAAAAUCAUCGGGGGGGGGGAAUCCAUAUAUGUCCCAUACAAAAAAAGAGGAUGGGGAACUAAAAACAUUUUAGAAACAAGUCAUGUGUACCAAAUAUCCUGUUCUGUCCUACAGCUUAGAAAUCAGGUUUGCAUCACCAAACCAAUACUACUCAUAGACCUCUCUUUUGGAAAGACAGUCCAAAAAUGUUUUGUGCCUGAGCAGGGAGGAAUUAGUGACUUCAAGGUGCUGCAACAAGGUUGCAUAGCUACACACAUCUACAGAGAGAGAGAGUGUGGGGGGGGGGGGUUAAUUUAGCAAGAGUUCAAAAGAUAUCUUUCUUCUAGCUAUUCCUGUCAUUGGAUGUUAUGAUAUAAUUGGACAAUCCAGGUGGUAGCUUCCUGCUUGGUUCUUGUGCCUUAUUAUUCCCAUUAUUAUAUUCAACUAUUCUUUCCAGUAACCAGAAUCAGUCUAUCAUCUCAUUCUCCACCUCUUUCUUUCUGUUUUCCUUCCUGUUCUUUAGUAUAAGGGAGCUUAGAAAACUUCCCUUUUUAGAAUUCAGUUUGCAGAAUAUCCCAGCAAUGGCCAUAUUGGCUGGAGGAUUCCAACAAUUGUAGUCCAAAGUAAUAUUUCCAAGCUGCUCUGGUCCAUUUCUCAUCCUGAGACUGGUCCCUCUAACGAUCCUCUGAGUUUCUUUGACUAAACGUUCCUUGUUAAAGGGACAUUAACUUUGACCAGCGCUUUGUGGCAUCCUGGCCAUAUACUAGGGUUGCGCAGGAUGGAGCAACUGCACGCCCCACAACCCUAGUACAUGGAGGUGGCGUAAUAAAGGCGGCACCCUGUAUACAUGGGCACCACCAUUGUUACGUAAGCGCCAUGCAGCAUCCGCAUGUUGCCAAGCGGUGCUUAUGUAAUGAGUAUGCCACUGGCAAACUUGCUACGCCGCCCCUGCAGCUUCUUUUCCUGCUGGAGGGAAGCCUCAUGGUUUGGCAGCUGCAGCUUCCCUCCAGUGGAAAAACAGGCACCGGCAGGCCGCCGUUUUUUGGAGAUCUGUACUGCGCCUUCAUUACCUUUUAGGACUUCUCUAUACUGUACUGCCAAAGAAAUAUUAAAAAAUUAAUUGUACUCCCUUAUAGUCACAACAAGCAGGGUGCACGGCAUUCUUGAUUAUUACUUGGAAUACAGUUUUUUUUCCCAUGCCUGAUGGCUUUAAUCUAAAUUUUUAAAACCUUACCUUUUAAACCUGCACUUUCCUGGAAAAUUCGAAUAAUUGUUUGAGUGGCUGGCCCUUUCAGGUGGCAUCACUGUGGAGCCAGGAAAAGGUUUUUCGGUGGAUGGGACUGUGACGAACUGAAUUCCAAAACCCACCAAUCAGAAGGCAGCUGAGGACCAGCCAAUAGAAUGUGGGCUGGGACUUUUAAGACAUUCCGGACUGACAGUUGGAAUGUUGACAGUUGGGAGUCAGUCAGGGGUUGGAAUCCUGCGGGAUAAGGCUGGAGUGGAGUUUGGGGAGAUAGUUAUUUUUAGAGAGAGGGAUCUAUAGAGUCCAAGAGGUGACUGGGUUCUGAUAAUUCCUGAGGAAAUAGUUACUGAAGAAACUAUUAGGUCUAGAGAGAGACAGUAGUUGUUUUGGAGAGUCUUGAGGAGAGAGGCUCUGUGUAACCAGACUCAAGAAGAGGGGUUUGGAGUUACAUAAUUGUUUGAGAGAUGUCAUAGCCUUGGUGGCUGAGUUAGAAAAAAGAAUUGCCUAAAGAGGGACAGGGAAGUCCUGAGGUGGUUUAAAAGAAUAUCUGGGGAAAGAGAAAUAAUAAUAAUGAAAUAAAGAGUACAAAUGUAACAAAGUAACACGUGCCUGAACUAACAACUGUUUGAUACCAUUUAGUUCAAGUCAUAUCUGUUUAAACCCUUUGUUCAAUAAAGUUCAUAUUUUGUUUUAUCUAAA